CUCCUCCUUCUCUGUAGAAUGGUUUCAGGUAAAAAUCGCAGCAACAGCGUAUUUCCUGUUUCCAAUCCUACACAAUAUUAUAUAGUUCUUAUAGAAGCAAUAUAAAAGUAAGAAUGGAAGUGAUCUGAUAACCUUAAUUAUUUCUUUGUCAUAAAACAUUGUUUAAGAACAUGAAAAGAAUUCUUGAAUCUUCCUGAAAAAACUUAAUAACCUCCAUGGCGGGGGUCAUUAACCAUGUUGAGGGCUGUAGCUGACAUAAAAUAAUAAAAUGGGUAGUUGACAUGUCUCCACUAUGGUCAUUAGAGGGUGCAAUUCACUGAAACCUACAAUCUGAUGACAAAAACAAGGAACAAUGAUGGCAGCUAUGUCUCAACAACCCAGCCUAGGAAGGCAAAUAUGUGAAAUCUGAAUCCGCCAUUAAAACCUGUUCUGCAGCUGAGGGUGUGUCAGUGAUAUUUGACAGUAACUAGUUAGUGUGGAGUUAACAUUUCGCAACUGCUUACAUUAGGAUCACAGAUUUCACUUUUAGGUUUGGGAACUUUUUUGAUCGUGUUCCAACGCACUAAUACGACAAAGAUGUCAUCUGUGGUUGCACAAACUGCUCUAAUCCAACAUAUUCCAACGACAACAUCACACUCCAAUCACGCCAAUCCAAACCACUACGAUGGCUGUGUGUGCUCAAACAACAAUACUUUGAGCAAUCCAGCAAAUCUCUUAACAAAUACAAAAAUCCCUCAAAGCUGCGCGAUGCCAAUACAUUUUUGGAAAGUAUAAAACAGAGAAACUGAACGUGUUCUCACAUGUUCAGAACAGAUCGUUUAGAUACACAGACAUGUCAGAUUUAUUUUCAAGUAGAAUGUGUCCAAUUAAAACAAGUAAUACAACUUUCUCACUUUUAAGAUCUUGAUAUUUUAGGGCAUAUCAUCUGUAGGAUGGCUUCAUCGAGGAGCUUCUGAAAUUCCGGAUUUAUAUUUAAUAGGAUUCCUAUCCACUGUUUACUCGUGCAUUCUUUUCUUAAAGACUGUGCUUUAAAACUGGUUUGAUCAAGUGUUUUUACUUUAUACUGAAGUUUAUCUAUUUAAAAAUUAGAUGUAACACUGCCCUCUGGUGGUUCUCAGACCCUCCUACAUCCCAUUGAGGCGGCAUUGCCUUCACUUCGAAAGCAGAUGCAGAACGAUUUUUAUUCAAAUGUAUCUUAUCAGGUCACAGUUGACAUUGUCCCUGUGCUGUGUGUGAGCAGUUCAAGCAGCCACAGGCCACUUUGGUGCACAGGUUCUGUCUCACCCCCACAUUAUUUACCCGGAGGCCAAUUUGUUACCCAACAACAUUUCUCUCUUCAAGUGCCACAUGUUCUGGCAGGAAACAGUCGAGAGACAUGCAAGAGACAUGCUGCCUAUAAUGACGCUGGGGGUAACAUAGUAGCAUAACUGUAAGCAUGAUAUCUGUAAGCAUGAUAUGUCUUUUUUAUAAUGUUUGAUUUAAUUUCAGAAUAUUCUGUGCAUUUUUUUGACCAUCUGAUGCACAAAACUGACAUAGACGCAAACUGAACAGAUUUACUCAUUGUGUGGAUAUUGGUAUUGUUAUUACCAUGCCCCCCAAAAAAUGUAGAAGACAAAUUGCUCUUGACAAAUUGUGCAUUGUGUGUAAACACUGUGUAUUUUCCUGCAAGAAAAAAAACGUUGUGAGCCCUGGAUAUGCUGGUGCUUGUGCAAAAUGUUCCUAAGCAUGAAAAGCCAACAAACGCAAGUGAACGUAUCGGUUGAGAUGAUUAUAGGGAACUUUCUGACAGCAUGAAAUCCCCGGAUUGCAUAGCAGCUGCUCAAAGUUAGACACUUACAACAUCCCGCUGCUCGAGCUCUAAGUGCACGAUCCUGAGGAAUCUGAGGCGUGCGGAAGUUUGCAUCUCUGUUUUGGAAAACCUACUUCUGAGAGACUACUGCAAAGACUGCUCAAGGCUGACCGACCUAAACCUGGAGAACCAGCUGAUAGUUGCAUCAUCAUCAUCAUCAUCAUCAUCAUCAUCAUCAUCAUCAUCAUGACCAUCUGUUAUAAGACACCUCACCAGAGAGCAGCAGCCAUGGCAUUAGAGAGAUGAGUGUGUUCAGUAGACUAAUGGGAUUGUUGAUACAAAAGUACCCCCGUCCCUAAAAGCCUUAAAGAUAAUUACAUGUUUCAACCCCCAAAACAACCAAUCAGAAAACAUUUGCUUCUGGGUGGGGCCGUCUGGUCUUUACUGGCUUAUCUGGAAACUUCGAUCUCUGAUAGAGUACUGCUACAGUCUCGCAACGCCUCACAUCUUUAGGCAGAAGAUGAUGGCUGCCGAUCCGAGGCCGACGCUCACCCCCCAGCAAGCAACCGAAGUGACGCAGCAGCUUUAUGGAGUGACUGUGAGGGAGAUCACCACCCUGCCUAGUUACAUGGACCAGAACUACCUCGUGGAGGAUAAGGAGGGCUCCAAGUAUGUCCUGAAGAUCAUGAACUCAAAAGAGAGUGAGGAGACGGCCCUGCUGGAGUUGCAGACUCUCGCCAUGUCCUUCCUACACCAGCAUGGAUUUCCUGCGCAGACGGUGGUGUCCACCACCACAGGGCAGCUGAUGAGUAUGGAGGAAAUAGACUGCGGACAAGGUGCUCAAACCUACUGCGUCAGGUUGCUGACCUACCUCCCUGGAGAGACCGUCGCAAAGUCUCCAGUCACGAAGCACGACCUGUAUAAUCUGGGCAAGUUGGGUGCAGCCCUGAAUAAGACGUUGCUUCAGCUUUCAUCCCCAAACCUGGAUAUGUUACAAAGGGACGAUGAACCGUGGCAUAUGCAAAACGUUCCUCUUCUGGAGGGCUACCUGUCAGUGAUGGAUGGAGACCCCCUGCAGGAUGUGAUCCGAGCAGUCAUCCAACAGUUUCAAUCACAUGUGCAGCCCAAAAUCAGCAAUUUCCAUAAAGGGAUAAUACACGGGGACCUGAGUGACCAGAACAUCAUUGUCACACCACUAACCAAUGGGCACCAUGAGGUGUCAGGCAUCCUGGACUUUUCAAUGCUCAUGAGCGGAUGCCACGUGUAUGAUCUGGCAAUAAUGAUCAUGUACACGAUGCUGGAGAACCCCAGUCCCUUGGACGCAGGUGGCGCACUGUUAGCAGGCUGGGAGAGCGUCAUGCUGCUCAACAGUGACGAGAGGGACUGCCUCUUCCUGAUGGUGCUCGGUCGGCUGUGCCAGUCUUUGGUUUAUGGAAGGUACAAUGUCAACAAAUACCCAGACAACAAGGAAUACCUAUUGAUCACAGCCAAAAGUGGGACUCAGAUAUUAUACAAACUCUGGGAGCUGGGCAAGAAAGAAGUAGAGAAGAAGUGGUUCACAGACGCCAGCACAUUCAAACAAGAAAUAAAUGUGUCUCCGUGAAUUAGCAUGGAGGUUUAAAUCCUUACAGUAAAAGGGAAAGGGACGAUAAACUGUGGGAUAUGCAAAACGCUCCUGUCGUGGAGGGCUACCUGUCAGUGAUGGAUGGAGAUCCUCUGCAGGAUGUGAUCAGAGCAGUCCACCAGGAAACGUAUGGUAAACAGAAGCAAAGCGACUGCUCUAAAAUCCUUACAUUGCCCUGCUUGUUGUUCUUGGUUUUCUUUAAUACAAUAUGUUGACAAUAACACGGUUGAGGGUUCUUUACAACACAAAUAAAAUAAAUAAUCUCUACUUUUCAGUGAAUUGUGGAUGUUUUAUUUAACAUAUUUGGCACAUAAGAAAACAUUUCUUGGUUUAUUAAAUCACCAGCCUUUGGAACAGUAAAAAACAUG